AUGUGGACCGUCGACUUCAAACAUCCUGAUUUCGCCUUGCAUCCUAUCGAUGCGCCGUCACCUUCGACGGGAUCGCCUCGGGACGAGGUCGCUCCCCUCCCACUCGAUACCACAGAGGCAUUCGAGGCCUUCCCCAACUUACCCGGCCUUCGUCGUCCCAGCAUGGCACUGAAGGACCCCACACUGGAGAUGCGUAUGGAGCGGUCACUGUCCGACUUUCUCAACGAGCACGAUCUCGCCGACAGCGUGCUCGCGGAAACCCGCGAGGUCACGAAACACGAGCUCGAGCGCUGUUACCCACCACAAUCGAUCGCGGACCACCUCGUUUUCAUGGACAGUCUGCGCAAACAUGCGUUGAAGCCUCUACUGCACUUCCUGGCGGAGCAGUAUCACAAGAAGCUGGCUACCUCCGGGUCAACCGAGAGCUGGGGGACUCGACUCCGUGUCAAGCUCUGCACGGAAAAGCCACCCCUUCCCUCUGGCAUCACUGUGGUCAUCACAAGAUCUGAUGGACGAUCUUGCAGCCAGAUACCGAUCCUGUUUGAAGAUGAUGCGAAUUUCCUCCGCUGUGGACCGGAGCCCGACGUGUUCACCGGGUGCCUCUUUCAUCUCGACAAGGACGGCAAGCCGUUUCCUCUCGACUCGGAUAGGACCAGUUAUGGUGCUCAGGCGAUGCUGAACAAGGUCAGUAUAUUAUUGCGCAUCCCACGGACCGAGUAUGAGCUAAUCCUUUCGAGCCUGGUCUGCAGCUGGCGUUCAUGAUGGAGUCUUCUGCUUCGCGGCCUUCGUCGGAUACGACUCCUGGCGAGAACAAACUUCCUGUACGCUUCGGUCUAGUCCUGAGCUCAAACUUCGGUAUGAUCGCAGAAACAGGUCAGUGGAACGCUCGGCUCGUCCUUGCCUCCAAGGCGCCUCCUGGAGGUUCUGACCACGAGCAUCUUGUGUUACUCGCCUUCUCGCAUGGCUUUCCUUUCACAGUCGCGGAUCCACAACACCCUCAAGAAGUCGGCUUGCUUUUCUCGCGUGUGUUCCGCACGGGCGCCGGUGAAGUCAAUUUUGGACGACACAGCCCCCCCCCCUUUCGAAUAUGGGUCUUUACCCCUCAUGCUUCUCGCGAUCGUCGUUGAUCAGCUCGCGCCAGUCGCCGCUCCUUCGCCUUGCACACUUCGACUUCUUUUUGACGUAGGACCGGAGAGGUGCCCUCCAGCUCAGCUUCCAGUUCAGCUCAACGAAGAGGGGGUUGCUCCCCGUGCUGUCAAGCGACGUCGCACAAAGAACAGAAAUGCGGUGCCUCCGUCUUCUGUGGUAGUCUUGAAAAGUACGAAUCAGGUCGUGCGUGCUACAUUGAACAGCACGGCGUGCCCAGUGAGUGGCAUGACUACACUCCCACAAUGGCAACGUUGUCGUCGACGUUGCAUGGCUAACAAAGCAGUUGGACCUUGUUGCAGUCUCGAAUGUUGAUGAUUACGCAUCGAGACGACUUGGACCUCAGGGAGGCUGUCACUUUCGAGGUUUUCGACAAAGCUCCUCACCAAUCACUGUGCCGACCGUGCCUCGACGACCAGAGACACCGCCUCAGCAGUCUUCCUCCCGAAUUGCUCGCUUUCCUCUGGGACGACCUUGACGUCGACGAGGACCCACCGAAUCAGGCUGCCUUGUCGGAUUUGGAAUGGGCUGAUUUCCGGGCUCUGCCGGCCCUGCAAGUCCCACUUUACCUCGCAUCGGGUAGUGUCAGUUCGGUCUCGGCGGGCAAGCUGCGGCCGUCGGUUCUCGACAACACCGCCGCAUUCGGCUUCGAUAGCGGCGCAGUACGGGAAGAAAGAAAGGUUGGCACACCGGUCGACUGCUUCGACGACGGACUUACGCGAACAAUCCCUCCCGAUCACCCGGUGGUGAUCAAAUACUUCCCCUGGCACCAGCUGGCAUCGGCCGUUCGAGAGUCGCUCUUUUACGAACACGUCUUCCCCCUUCUCCCAUCACGAGCGCGAGUUUUCCUGCCUCCAUACUACGGAACCUAUCGGAGUGCCGAUGGGAGCGAGGUUUGCCUUGUCUUGGGGUAUGGGGGACGACGCAUUCAAAGAGCCGAUUAUAAUGACGCUCUGAAACUCAAAAUCGAGUAUGUCUCCAUGCGAUGUUUCCUCGCUGCUUUCAGUCAAGACUGUGUUGAACCCGCUAACAGAUUUGAGCCGGGCCUCUCCACGCGCCUGCGGUGUCAUUCACAGUGAGGCAUUUCGGGUUUUCCGCAAACAAGGCGUCCACCAUGGUGACCAAGCGCCGCGCAAUGUUCUGCUACGCGAGGAUGGGUCGUUGUGUCUGAUCGAUUGGAAUGUCGCCACCGUCGACUUUGACCCGCGGGCGCGGCGGCCCACAUUAUGCAUUGGAUGA